AACAGCUGUGUCGAGCUAACAGCUAGUUAGCAUCGUUUGUUUUUGUCGUGUGUGUCAGCGAGUCGAGCCCUUCCUUGAGCGUACCACUUUAGUUCGACCCCGGAGUGACCGACGUGUUGUCUGUCAUCUCUCUUAACGAUGAAGUUUCAAUACAAAGAGGAGCACCCCUUUGAGAAAAGGCGGUCCGAAGGCGAAAAAAUAAGAAAGAAGUAUCCGGACAGGGUACCUGUUAUUGUGGAGAAAGCACCCAAAGCCAGGAUAGGAGACCUGGACAAGAAGAAAUACCUUGUCCCCUCCGACCUGACAGUGGGCCAGUUUUACUUCCUCAUCCGGAAAAGAAUCCACUUGCGAGCUGAGGAUGCUCUCUUCUUCUUUGUAAACAACGUCAUUCCACCCACCUCAGCUACCAUGGGACAGUUGUACCAGGAGCAUCACGAAGAGGACUUUUUCCUCUACAUUGCCUACAGUGAUGAGAGCGUGUAUGGGAGCAGCCAAAGGGAAAUCUGAUCCCACUACCACCCCCUCCCUCCAACCACUACCCACCUCCCUGAGACCCCCACCAUUCAUUCAUUUAAAUAUUAAAUCCAGCUCAGCAGCCUAGAGUUCCCAGAGUAAAUAUGUCAAACUCACUUUCACCACCCAUACAUGAGCCCCUUUCCCCUCCAUUUCUGUCUUUAUUACUCUGCAGUCUGAAUUGUAUUUGCCUCCGCUUUUCUUUACAGUAGGUUGAAGUGGUCUCUGGCCAGUUAUUUUUUUGGUGUAAUAAUUAAUCAUGCUUAACUGAAAAUACUGAGGAAAAAAAAGAAAAAUCUUAGAGUAGACUGUUAUAGUUACCCUGAGGGUGAAGGGAAGAAAGUCAAAGUAUGUGAGUUCAAAUAAGCCCUAAUGGACAAUGAAGAUAGUUAUUGGUUGUCUGCUUUUGUUUGCUUUCAAGAGGUAAUGUGAUUUGAGCAUAUGGUGGGGAAUAAAUAGCUUCCACCUGCUGAAAGCAGGUUCAGUGUCUCUGGCAGAGCUAAGGAUAGCUGUUUUGCAGCAGUUCUUUUCCUAGAAAGAACAUUACUGGUUAUAUUUUUUAGAUUCACCAGGUACCCAAGUCUUUGAAAGAGAAUAUGUGUACUAUCCAGUUUCAGCAAGGAGUGUAAUAGAAUUCAGACUAAACAAUCAUCCCCUGCUUUCAAUGGUAAGACUAUUAUGUUGACUGCUACUAUGAUUAUUGUUGUUGUUAUUGUUAAUUUUAGAUGGCUUAAUUUCUAAAGGUAUUGUAAAGCUGAGUGCAAUUUUCUCUCUUUUUUUUAAGUUUGUCUCCUUUUUUUAAAAAAAAAAUUAAGAUUUGAACUCCGUAUACAGCUGCAUUACUGGCUCUUUCUCUCCACUCAUGACCAUACAUGAUAAAAUGUGAUAAAAGCUAA